CACUUAUACAGCAUGGCGCCGCCCACUUGGUAGACUAAUGACAAAUAGCGUCUUAACUAUGAAUGAUCGAAAUGGAACCUCAUAUGUGGAAAAUUUUACAGAAAAGAACAUAUGAUGUUCUUUCUCAUAGAUAUGGUUUACUUCUUGUAUUUUUUGGACUUAUUUUGGUAACGGUGUCAGCUUUCCACUUCGGUGAGGCUCUUUUGGAAUGGAGUCAUGAAAAAUAUGCAGCUGUUUUCAACUCCUACAGUGACAACAUUGCUGGUCGAUCAUACAGAGAGAGGCUGUGUACACCAGUUCCGAUUGAUGUUGUGUAUACCUGGGUUAAUGGGUCAGAUCCACAGCUUCUGCUGCAGCUACGACAACUAAAAAAGAACAUGGAAGAAGAGCUAAAUGUGACAAGGCAAAAUGCAAAUGACAGUUACAAACCCACAAAGUGCACCUACAGUAACUGCGUGCCAGCACCUCUUGUAGUAAUGAGUCCAGGCCUGCCAUCCCACUUCAGCCACCAGCAGCUGAAGCAGAAAUAUAAGCUGAUGGAGAAUGUGACACAUCUUUUUAACAUCACUUUGAGCCAAAUGGACCCUGCCAACUUAACAGUCUUGGUAAUGGGAUCCUGGGAACAGGCUGAAAUUCUGUCUCAUCAGAAGCUGAAGUCAGGAAACCUCACUUAUUCUCUGACACAUUCUUAUUAUACAAGUGAUUCCAAACUUCCUCAUGCUAUGGCGACAAAGGACUCUAUACUUAUGACUGGAUUUCCUAAUGAGUUUACUUCUGAUAGACUGUUAUCUGUUCUACCAGGAGAACACAGAAGAAAUGUGGUACAGGUUGAACUGCAUGCUGAUAAAGGGGUCGCAGUGCUGCACAUGGCAGGGGCAAAGGAGACAGAGGCCGUCUUGCAUCUCAAGAAUUUUACAAUAGAAGGGAAGACACCCACAUUUACCCUGGCCCGACUUGUUUGGGAUCUUUCUGAUUUUUCAAGGGAUGAAGAUAUUUCAAGCAGCAGAUUUGAAGACAAUGAGGAACUUCGCUACUCACUUCGAUCAAUUGAAAAAUUUGCACCAUGGAUUCGACACGUUUUUGUUGUAACAAAUGGUCAGAUUCCAUAUUGGUUGAAUUUAGACUGUCCUCGCAUAUCAAUAGUCACACAUGAGGAAAUUUUUCCAAACAAGAGUCAUCUCCCAACGUUCAGUUCUCCAGCUAUAGAAUCCCACCUUCACCGCAUUCCUGGAUUGUCAGACAAAUUUCUUUAUCUUAAUGAUGAUGUCAUGUUUGGCACAGAGGUCUGGCCUGAAGAUUUCUUCAGUCAUGCAACAGGACAAAAGUUAUAUCUGACAUGGCCAGUUCCCAGUUGUAAUGAAGGCUGCCCCUCCAACUGGAUCCGAGAUGGUUACUGUGACAAGGCUUGUAACUCUUCUGAGUGUGACUGGGAUGGAGGAGACUGUCUUGGUAAAUCUGGGAGGCAAGUGCAACUAGGUGCAGGAUUUAAUGCUGUCUUUGAUCGUCCAGCACAGAAACCAGAAGAUUACUGUCACACAGGCUGUGCCAAUAACUGGAUUGCUGACAAGUACUGUGAUCAGGCAUGCAACAAUCUGGUUUGUGGCUAUGACGCAGGUGACUGUGGAACACAGCACUUUCAUGAGAUGCACAGUCAAAUUUUGAAGCCAGAGACAGUGGAGAAACAAUAUUAUGUGUUUCCUAAAGGAGAAACACUAGGCUACUUCAAUCUCACAGACCUUCUUCGGUCAGAUGGUAAAUUGACAGCUGCACAGCACAAGCCAUCAGACACUGUACGAGCAGCAGCUGUGUCUAACAAGUUUAAGGUCUUGACAAUAAUCCUUUAUCCCAACCGCAAUGCCACAGACCUUGAGUUUUUCUUGCAAGGUCAGCGGGGCAGUGAACCAAUUAAAUUUCAGCUAAAUUUCACUGUAUCAGUAGAUACAAGACCUGUGCCUAAAGUGGCCAAAACUGUGGGAAAAGGCAAUGUGUCCUCAGUUGAUGUUGCUGAAGAAUCAGACAUCAUCUUCAAAGAAUAUCCAAAACAUUUGUUGGAACCACAAGCAAGUUUGUUCACUCAGAAAAGGUACAGUGCAGUGGCGUUUCCUUUCAACAUCAGCAGCAACCUGACACUUCUCGGCCUUUCCAGCAAACUUCAAGAGACUUUAAUCCAGCUACAAGCUGAUUAUGCUGAUGGGGACUUAACUGAAAUAGGGUUCAAGAUAGCACUUGAAGAUAUAUAUCAUAAAUUUAGCCCAGAGAUUAAUGCUUGGCAUCAAGGGAAGAGAUCAGUUGAAGAAGAUAAACAUAUUCUAGAAAUAGAUUUUCAAGCAGGUGGAUUUGGGCAACCAAAAGAAGGAAUGAAUCUUCAGCAAGGACAAACUGGUCAUGUAGCAAAAGAUGGAGAGCAACUCUCAGAGAAAGCCCAGCAUUCUCAGCAAAAGGAUACCAAAGUGGACAAAGCAACCAGAAGCAUGGAUAUUGAAACUGCAGAUCGAAACUUCAGACUUGUGAAUUUGAAAGAUGUUGCAAAGGAAAGGCAUAUGAAAACACAGCGGAGUCUGCUUGGUGAAGGUGGUGAGAGCAGAGAAAGUAUGAAAGAGAUGGCGGUUGCAGAUGAUGGUGCUAAUGUCAGGAAAAGCAUUAAGGCUAGAGGAUCUAAUGAGGUGGAUGAAAUGCCAGCAGAGAUUACAGAUGAAGAAUUCCUGAAGUUAAUUCAAGAGAAUGGAAGAAACCUGCCAGGAGGGUUUCCUUGGGAAGUGCAAGGCGUCUUUAACAAAUUGAAUAAGCAACAGAAAGAACUUGAGCAAGCCAAGGUGUAUGAGAUGGACAAUCACAAAGGCAGAAAGUUGAUGGACACAUUUGGGGAUUCUCUGCGGCAUGUGAAUCGAUUGUACAACAAACAAUUUGGGUUUGCAUCCCGCAAAGUACCAGCACACAUGCCCCACAUGAUUGACAAGAAUAUCAUGGCUGAAUUGCAGGCAAUAUUUCCUCGUGAAUGGGAAGUAACAUCUUCAAAUCGAGUGCGAAGUCCAAAUGACAUGCAGUUUGGGUUUUCAUAUUACUACUACCUGCAAGGGGCAGUUGUACAAGUCCAAGCAGCAGAUAUAUUUGAUCAGAUGGAUACAGAUCAUUCAGGCAUACUUUCAGAUCGAGAACUCAGAACAUUUGCUGCAAAGCUGCAUGAAUUACCACUUUACCUUGAGAUGCUUAGCAGCUUGGAAAACAUACUGAUUAAUUGUUCCACCCAGUUACCACCAGACCUUGAGCACCAGCAUAUUCAGCAGACACUGACACUUACCAAUGAACAGUAUUAUGAAACACGCAUGCCUCAGGUAACCAAACUUCUCUUCACCAAUUGUUCAGAAAUAAAUCGCCUUGUUCUGGAAAAGUUCAAACCCAAGCCCAAAUAUAAGACUACAAUCCUGGAUGACUCGGAAGUGGCCUUUAAGAUGAUUCAUGGCAAUGUCUCAAAGGUUGUGGGGCAGCUGGAUGACAUUCGUAAAAAUCCUAAGAAAUUUAUUUGUCUUAAUGAUAACAUAGAACAUGGAACUGAAGGAGCAAAAACUGUAAAAGCAGUUAUCAUGGACUUCUAUGAGUCUAUCCUGCCAUUGCAGUCUCAGUUUGAACUGCCGAGAGACUACCGCAACCGCUUUCUACAUGUAAAAGAUUUAGAAGAGUGGAAACGUUACAGAGACUGGCUGCGUUUCUGGGCUCACCUGGCUCUUUUAAUCCUUGUAAUCUUCACUAUUGUCUCCUUCUUUGGUGACAAGAUUGAGGCCUUACAACGGAGAUUAUGGAGGCAACGGCAGUCUAUUGAUUAUGUGACAGAGCAGCAAGACUCCACUGUCCCUGUCAAAUCAACCCCCUUGUCAACUGUAUGACGGUGUGUGCUCUGGCUUAUCUCCCCUGACAUCCUGAUGAUGGUGCUACUCCUCAUCCUGGUCUUCAUUGUAUACCUCAUGGUGACGGAAAAUGUAGACAGCUGAGAUGUUCACCAGCACAAUGUGCACCUGCAAUCUCACAUCCAGAUCUCAUUGGCCUUACACCCUUCCUACCCCACCCUCCCAGAGAAUGGCAUCACUUGCUCCAUGUCUUAGAACGGAUUUUAGUCAUUGAGAUUUCAGGUAGUAACAGGAUAAACUAUUUUUUUCUCAAUACCACACAUUAGUGUUUAUUUAAGCUGUAGGAUAUUUAUUUCUUAGUCUGUUUUUCAGGAAGUUAUUCCAGGAAGAUGUUUUUCUUCCUGAUUUUUCUCAACUAGCUGCUAUUUCUAAAUAGCACUGUUAGGUGAGAAAGAGUAAUAGUUGUAUCAGUAUUGCAAGUAUUAGAAGCCUGAUAAAAAGUGCAGGUGGGAGAGUCAUUAUUUUACAACUUUUGGAAGCAAGAGAGUUCUGCCAAAAUGAAUGCUUAUUUGAUACACGCACAUACACCAAAGAAUACAAGCUGACAAUAUGUGGGUCAUAAUUAUGGGUUACAUUUGGAAGCUAUUUUGAUGUCUUCCAGGACCUUGUUUUCACAGCAGUUUUUGGGGAAAUACUCUAGUAAAUAAGAGUAUCCAGCAUUAACCCAUAAGUAUUUGGGCAACUUGUAAAGGUUUAUUUUUAAAGAUAAAAACCACUUUUUAAAUAUAUGCACAUUUCUGACCUUAGCAUUUUUAUUAUAAAUUUUCUGUUACCUUUUCUCAGGUUUGCUGCAUUUAGAAGAAAGUAGUUAAAUCUGCAGAGGUUUGUUCACAUUGUAACUAUGUGAUAGCUUGAUUUCAUAGAUUUCAUCCAGAUCACUUGCAUGGUCUGGUACAGAGCUGUUAGGUUCAUUUGAUGCACAGAAUUUCAUGAAAGUCUCUUGAAUGUUUUGGUAUCAAGCUGUUUGAUUCACUGGAUGCGCAAGACACAUGAACAUGAACUGCAUUUCAUUUUCAGUCAUUUGGCUGGAGCAUCUUUUCCUAAGAGUUAUAAAAUAUUUAUAACUUAAACAUUAAUUCUUAGGGCAAAAACAUUUAUUACUUUUUAUGUAGUUGUAAUGAGGAGCAGAGAUCUGUGAGAAAUGUAUCAUUAUAUUUUAUGGAGGGAGCAAAGAGAUUUAAGCUGCACAUAAUUCAGGAUAGUAUGUGAGAUAAAUCAGAGCAAGAAAGUUUGAUGACAAAUUCUGUUUAUGCAUGCAUGUGAGGAUGAAAGUGGAUUUUGUGGUAUUAAAGAUUCAGGCUGGUUUGUAAGGCAUUGUACAUUCAACUUUUUUAAAAUAUCCACAAUAUGAGUAUGGUAUAAAGAAUGAGUAAUAUUGAGAAUAAAUAUGAGGAUGAGACUGCAAAUUAAGAUUGAAAGAUGGAGCUGUAAUGUUUGUAUAUGAGAUGAACAUUCCUGCAAGAAAGAUGAGUAUUUUUUUUCUUUCAAUUUUGUGAUUUAUAAGUUGUAGCCUCGCUCAUCAGUAAAUGGACCUAGCUUUUCAAGCAUACAUGUGUGAGUGUGAAAUGGAGGGAAGUGCGACUUUAGCUUAGACUGUAAGCUUGAAUGACUAAACCCAUGAAGUGUGAGCAGUUUUGAAGAAACCUUUCAUUAAAUUGGACAGCUACUAGGUGAAGGAUAUGACAAUGUUUUGUGUGGCUCUUGUGACCAAUAUAGAAUGAAAACGUUUAGGGUUCCUGCAGAGAUUUAUGUUGUCCAGUGAUAUGUAACACACAAUUUUCCUGUUUGUCACAUUCCAAACUAAGGAAGAAAACUACAUUUUAAAUUCAUUUGAUGUUAUCCAUAAAGACCUUUAUGAGUAUCUGUAAUUUUGUUUGUCCUACUAGCUUGCAAAAUUUUAUUUGCGAAAUGAUAAUUGAAGCAAUAAGCCCAAAACGUGUCAUUAAGAAAUAGCAUUGCAUAAUGUCACCUAACCAUGAGUUUUUUUUAAACAAUGGAAAAAAAUUUAAAGUGCAAUAAAUGGGGAAAUCGAUAAACUCCAUUGUUUUAUGCCAUAUUGCUCAUGUUAAAACAUAGCUAUACCGCAUGCAACUGCUGUAAGAAACAAAAUAGCAAGAGCUGUACGUACUAGUGGAUGUUGCUUAUUUUAGUGGUACUCUAUUUCUGGCUAUUAGCUCUAUUAUACCUUGUAUAAAUGCAUGUGAAACACAUCUGCAGGUGGCUGCCUAAGUUUGUCACUUUUCUUAAUAUAGUAUCUUUUUCUCUGUAUCAUGUAUCUUGCGACAUUAGUGUGCAUUUGCAUUGGGUUAUUAUUAAAAAAAACUCAUGGCAAUUGGAAAUCCAGGUACUUUUGUUCUAAUUUUGUUGCUCACAAACUUUUGAGAGUCUAAAAGUUACAAAAUGCUAUAUAUGAAUCAGGGUAGUAGGUUCUUGCUUUUUUUUUGUUUUCUAUAAAACUAUAACCUUGAAAAGACAGUGUUGAUCACAUACCUUUUUAAACCAGCAAGACAUUUUAGCACUAUAAAGGUAAACUAUCAUAGAUUUUUUUUAAGUCCACAUUUUUCUUAACCCAAGAUUCCAAGGACAAAAGUAGUAAUAUAAAUUAUGCUCUAUAAACUUGGCAGAAAAUCCUGCUCUUGGAAUAAUUACAGCAACACUACAGAAGGUUAGCAUCAGCUGGAACCAAUUUUUACCUUGGCAAAUUCAAGGAUUAAAAUUGUGAAUAUACUUGCUCAGUAAUAGUCUUCUCACCAACAUGCUUUGUCUCUAAAGAGGAGGAUGUGGGGAAUAUUUUGUUUUGUUUCUUUGGUGGACAACUCGAGCAUGUUUGUCUUAAAAUUCUGGACGUUUGUUUUUGUGCCAGAUGACAAAAAUAAUGAAGAAAAAUAUAGUUUUGUCUUUAAAGUUAUCCUAAAUUUGAGAGUCAAACCACACUUCCAUGAUGCUGAAUGCUUCUUUUCAUUAACAAAAUGCUAUUUCCUUUAUUCAGAACUCUUUGUUAUUGAGAUUUGGGGGGUGGGCGGAUUUUAAACUAAUGGCUACUUAUUGUGAGCUUUGGCCAUGUACAUGUUAAUGAUAGUCAUGUCUAAGCAAACAGACUUAGUUUCUGUAGCAAUGUUUUAAUAUUUUAAAUUAUUAUUUACUUUGUUUUUAAAAGCAUACUGAGUAAAACAUUUGAGAAAAUUGUCUUCAUGAAUUUUUGGAAUGUUUUACAGAAUUAAAAUGUUUGUGGGAUUUUAAAA